AUGUCCUCCGAGCUUGAUCGAUUGCGUCAGGAGCUUCGGGAAGUGAAGCGCCUGCGGUUGGCAGAGCAACAACGGCGACAAGAGGACCAGUUUCGAUUUCAGAGAAGAACAAGAAAGACAAACUUGGCCGAAUUUCUCGACGCAUGUCACCAGCACUUGUACCAUAACUUAGCUAUUCAGGACGCGUCUCAGUCGACACAAGGCACUCCCGUCAAUGGCGAUCGAAAGCUUCGCCCUCGUCGUAUCGUGCCCUGGACCGACUUUCCUACGCAUCAAGUGAAUAUAUGGAACGUGUUGAUGGAGUCGGAUUUUGUCCUAGAGAGACACUUUACCUCUCGACAUACGUUGGAAGAAAACGGAGAACAGCUACAGCGGCAGCAACUUAGCUCCGAGUUGGACCUUCAAUACUUUAUUCAAUUUGCGAUUCACGACCAGGUGACCUCGAUCAUCGAGCACCUUUCCCAGCAUGCAGUUCUCCAGCAAUCUCUUAAUCUUCAGGGGACCAUCAGAUUUGAGAAUCAUGGGAACAUGUUAACUCCUGUCGACCCUGCGACGAACCUGACCAAUCUGACCAUCUCCCAACCGCAGCCGCGACGUCGGUCGCCGCGCCUGCGAGAACAAUCUCACCAGACAUCAUCGGACACGCGAUACUCCCCGCCAAGGCCAUCUCAGAUCGCUAUGCCUCGCGCCGAUCAAUUUUGCGUAUAUAGCGUAUAUAGCGUUACCAAUGAUGCGGGCGACGUGAUCCAUCGAACCCCGGUGUUAAUUAUGGAGUACAAGGCGGCACAUAAGCUGACACUAGGACAUAUCUAUACCGGGUUGAACGAGAUGGAUCUGGAUGAUAUAGUACAAGAAAAGCUUGACGAGGAUAUCCCCCAACGAUGUCAAAGGCUCGUGGCCGCAGUUUUAACCCAAGCCUUUGCGUACAUGAUCGCGGCGCGGUUAGAGUUUAGCUACGUCUUUACCGGAGAAGCUUUGAUCUUUCUCCGUGUCCCGGAGGACGACUGCUCGUGCUUGCAGUACGCUCUCGCGGUGCCGCAAGGCGACGUAGGUCCCACGACCGGCUGGACCGAGGGAUUGGAACAUGAUAACCGUUUGCAUUUGACCGCUGUGGGCCAGCUUCUCGCUUUCACAUUAAGAGCGAUUCAAAGCCCGCGUCGCGACCUGCGCUGGCAGCGGGUGGCCGAGGCGCAACUCGAGACGUGGCAGGUCUUUCUGCAGGAACUGCAACAGGAUAUACCGGACGAAAAAGUUCCCGGGUCGGAAUAUCGGCCACCCCAAGGGGAAUCGGCGCAAUAUCUGCGGGAUUCACCCAUUCGUCGUCGACUACGUCCGCGGGAGCCUGUGAUAAUAAAUGACGAAGAGCACAUGGCCAGACGAGCAGCUAUAAGUGAGGAUGACAGUAGCGACAACGACGGCAGGGGUCAUGGCCAGACACCUAGCCGCCCUCCUGCAGAUCUCCAGCGGGGGAGGGCACAGGGAGGGCUCCGCCGUGGACGCGCGACCACUGAUGACGAUCCAUCAUCCUCAACCCACCGGUCUCACCGACAGCGGGAGCUGGGGCCGUAUUGCUCGGCUUUGUGUCUCAAAGGACUGGUGGAGAAUGGUGAUCUGGAUUCGUCGUGUCCGAACGUACACCUACAUGGCUGCGGUCCAAAGCACCAACUCCGUAUGCAAGAAUUCCGGCGUCUGGUGCGACAAAUACUGCAGAAAGACCUCGAAUACUGCGAAGAACUCUAUUUGUGGGGUGCGAGAGGUGUCUUGUACCGCCUACGUCUUCCGCACUGGGGUUACACCGUGGUGGCCAAGGGCACACGUCCCGAAUUUGUGAUGGAUCUCCAACACGAAGCAAAGAUCUAUCGCAAGCUAAGGUCGAUACAAGGAAUACAUGUACCGGUGUAUCUCGGGAGCUACACUCUGGAUCGGCCGCUCCAGUAUGCAGGGUCAGUGCCGAUUGUGCACAUGAUGGUUUUGUCCUUUGGGGGAUAUUCCUUAAAUCAUCUUCGCACGACGCCAGCUACCACUGAUACGGCCAUUGAUGGCUUGCUUGCCAUUCACAAACUGGGAAUUCUGCAUCGCGAUGUGGCACGACGGAAUAUGCUGUGGGAUUCAAUGACGGGACGAAUUAUAUGGCAUGACUUCGGCCAGGCCAAGGUCUAUCGACCUCGCCUCAGGACUCCAGCUGCAAGAUCUGUCGACCGCAGAGGCGUGCCCGACUUUGGCCAGCAGUACCAAUGCGAUGCUCAUAAAAAGCUAGCGAGCGAGAUUUCGAAAGCGCUCGCGGAGCUCAGACGGUAG